AUGUCCUCCGCUGCCGACCUCGCGACCUCCGUCGAGGGACUCACCCUCCAGUCCACCACCGAGACCGCCAAGUUCCCCAACUGCUUCCCCUCCUUGAACCCCGUCGAUCUCUACAGAGAACACAUUGCUGAGAAGCUGGGCGCUGCCACUGGCAUUGACGCCGAGAAGAUCUACUCUCGCCUGUCAUGGACGAAUUCGCUCGACAAGGGUGACUUGGUGCUGCCGGUCGCCGCGCUCCAGAUCAAGAAGAACCCCCAGGAGCUGUGCAAGGAGCUCGCCGAGAAGUUCCCCGAAUCCGACCUCGUCCUCCCCCCCGUCCCCUUCGGCCCCCACCUCCAAUUCUUCUUCAAGCCUGAGAUCAUCACCUCGUCCGUCAUCAAGCGUAUUCUGAAGCAGAAGGCCUCGUAUGGUACCAACGGUAACCAGGGUCUUCGCGACCCCUCCGAUGCCUCCAAGGGCCGCAAGAGAAUCAUCGUCGAGUUCUCCUCCCCCAACAUCGCCAAGCCGUUCCACGCUGGUCACCUUCGCAGUACGAUCAUCGGUGGUUUCCUGGCCAACCUCUACACGGUCAUGGGAUGGGAUGUGAUCAAGAUGAACUACCUCGGUGAUUGGGGUAAGCAGUAUGGUCUGCUUGCCAACGGUUUCAAGCAGUUCGGUAACGAGGAGCAAUUGACCAAGGACCCCAUCAACCACCUGUUUGAUGUGUACGUCAAGAUCAACAACAUUGUCUCCCAGCAGGAGGGCCCCAUCAAGGAGCUCAAGGAGCAGAUCAAGGCCAAGAAGGAGAAGGGCGAGGACGUCGCUGAGCUGGAGCAGGAGCUGCAGAAGCUCGUCGACGUCAGUGAGGACGAGAGCGCCCGUCGCUACUUCAAGAGCAUGGAGGAUGGCGACCCCGAUGCCCUUGCUCUGUGGCGCCGUUUCCGUGAUCUCAGUAUCAAGAAGUACGAGCAGACCUACGCUCGUCUCAACAUCGAGUUCGAUGUCUACUCCGGCGAGUCCCAGAUCAAGCAGGAGAGCAUGACUGCCGCUUACCAGACCUUGGAGAAGACCGGGGUCUCCGAGAAGUCCGAGGGCGCUGUCAUCGUCGAUUUCACCAAGCACGGUGCUAAGAAGCUCGGCAAGGCCAUCAUUGUCCGCAAGGACGGCACGCCCCUCUACCUGACCCGUGAUAUCGGUGCCAUCACGGAGCGUGCGGAGAAGUACAACUUCGACAAGAUGAUCUACGUUGUUGCCGCCCAGCAGGAUCUGCACUUGGCGCAGCUGUUCAAGAUCACCGAGCUGAUGGGCCACAAGGACCUGGCCAGCCGCUGCCAGCACAUCAACUUCGGUAUGGUCCGCGGUAUGAGUACCCGUAAGGGUACCGUCAAGUUCUUGGACGAUAUCCUCAAGGAUGUGGGUGACAAGAUGCACGAGGUCAUGAAGAAGAACGAGGAGAAGUACAAGCAGGUUGAGAACCCCGAGGAGGUUGCCGACAUCCUGGGUAUCACCUCCGUCAUGGUCCAGGAUAUGACCGGCAAGCGUAUCAACGGCUACGACUUCAACCUGGACGCCAUGACCUCCUUCGAGGGUGACACCGGUCCUUACCUCCAGUACGCCCACGCCCGUCUGUGCUCCAUCGUCCGCAAGUCCGGCCUCAACGUCGAGGAGCUCGACGACGCCGACCUCAGCCUGCUCAAGGAGCCUCACGCCAUCGACCUGGCCCGCCAGCUCGCCCAGUGGCCCGAUGUCCUCCUCAACACCACCAAGACCCUGGAGCCCACCACCAUCCUCACCUACCUGUUCCGCAUGACCCACGUCCUGAGCUCCAGCUACGACAUCCUCAAGGUCGUCGGCAGCGAGCCCGAGCUCAAGAAGGCCCGCAUGGCUCUGUACGAGUCCGCCCGCCAGGUCCUUCACAACGGUAUGCGGGUUGUCGGUCUCAGCCCCGUCAACCGUAUGUAA